AUGGAACAGUGUGACGGCUCGGUGCAAUACUCACAAAACACGGCAACUCCAUUUCCCAGCAAGUCAUCUGCUGAUGGCUCUCCCUGCGCCGUCACCAAAUCGCCGACCACCACCAACUACAACAACAGCAGUCCAGUGGACGCCUACUACUCGCCACCUCAGGCGGGCACAGUUGACCACCACUCGAGUCUGUGCAUGUCUCCGAGCAGCACUAGUUCGGUCAAACUGGAGAGUGCCCCCAGUCCGCUGGCAGCCAGUGAAGCAGCCGCCUACUACCACCACCACCAUCACCAGUCAGGUGCCGGCUACUGUGCUGAACAAGCCGGAGCUGCUGGUGCCUACUGGUCCAGUGAUGGUCCAGUCUACCCAACGGCCAACAAUGCCUAUCACCAUCACCGACACCAAAAUACGUCCCCACCGCCAGAAACACCAUAUCAUCAACAACAACAGCAACAACAACAGCAUUCACCGUACUACUCAGCAGUCCACCCACAACAACAGAGCAGCACUUCCCCGCAGCAGUAUUCCCGUCAAGGAGGCAGCAGUCCCGUGGUCACUGGUUCCUCCAGUUCCGGUUAUAUCGCCAGCUACUAUGGACCGGAGGUGAAUGGCGUCACUGUGACGGCCACGACGACCACCAUAAGCAUCAAUGCACUGUGCAGCAAAAGCAGCCAGCAACAGCAGCAGCAGCAGCCACAGUGCAACAAUGCGACGGCACUUCACCAGCACGCAGACACUGCUGCCCAGCAGCAGCACUACUCAGCGUACAAUGGUCAUCACUACUACGGAAACAACUCCAUGACCAGCCAACACGCCUCUCCGUACACUCUCAACUCGACCAUGGCCGUCACACCACCCACUUCACCGCCGCAAAAUCAAGCAGCAUUGCUUCUUUCUCAGCCAAAUGGCAACUGUGCUCAGAUGAUGAUGCAAGUGCAAUCAGUUGGCGCAAACGGAGCACAGGCAAUUACAGCGGCCAUUCCUCAGCACCCAAUGUACCCGGGUAAUCAGAUCAUGGCCAAUGGGGGUGUUGUUGCUGCCACCACCAUCACCACCGUUCCAACCAAAGCGCCACGCGCCCGACGAGGCUCUAAAAAGGCCGCUAAACCGGUGAUGCUCAAUGAAAACGGCGAGCCGAUCAUUCCGCCUAAAUCUCGCCGUGGUCGAAAGGCCAGUGGCAAAAAGAAGAUCACCCAACACGUCUGCAACUACGAUGGCUGUACCAAGAC